AUGGCUAGUAUAAGAUGUUCCGAAACCUGUUCUCAAACGGACACAGAUAGCGUGGUUAUGCAAAGAAAUAAUAUAUGCUAUGGUAAUGAUGAUGAUGAUGAUGAUGAUGAUGAUGAUGAUGAUGAUGAUGAUGAUGAUGAUGAUGAUGAUGAUGAUGAUGAUGAUGAUGAUGAUGAUGAUUUUAUUGAAUGCCAGUUUACAGGCGUUGUCAAGGGAAGCGUUAAACGCAUAUCCCACCAGCAGUGA